UUUCUACAUUCAACCCAAUAGGUUUAUCGAUUCAUAGUGGAAGCAAUGGAAAACACAGAGAUAAAGAUAGCCAGGUUUUCUAGUUGUCGCGGGGUAGCAUUUGAAAUCAAUCCUGAUAGAAUCAACCCCUUUGCAAUUGUAUCACCAACAAAGCAGGAACAAAUUAGAACUUGGCUUUGGCUUCCAUGGACUCGAACAAAUUCAUUCAAAGUUCUUCCUCAGCCUCAAACAAUCAGUCCAACUCGGAGCAGGGGCAGCAGCCACUUCUGUGACAUUGACAUUGAUGCUAGCGAUGUUGAGGUUGAGUUCAUAGCUGAACUUCAAGAUAUAGAAAAAUCAGACAAAACUAAUGGUGCUAAGGUGCAGAAGCUACUUUCCAGAACUGAUCCACCAAAGAGGUCAAGGCUGUCCAUAAUUCUGCUGGAUCAAGGGUUCACAUUCUACAAAGGGCUAUUUAUGGUUUGCAUGGCCUUGAAUUUGGUGGCGUUGGCUCUUUCAGCAGCAGGGUAUUUCCCUUAUGCCAAGACAAGAGCUACACUGUUCUCUAUUGGGAACAUUCUAGCUCUAACACUGUGUAGAAGUGAAGCAGUUUUGAGAGUUGUUUUCUGGUUGGCUGUGAAGAUCAUUGGGAGGCCUUGUGUUUCUCUUGGAAUCAAAACUGCCACCACUUCGUUCCUUCAAAGUGUUGGAGGAAUCCAUAGUGGUUGUGGGGUUUCUUCUAUGGCCUGGAUUGUUUAUUCCCUAGUUCUUACUUUGAAAAACAAAGAGAAAACUUCCCCAGAGAUUAUUGGAGUUGCUUUCACCGUCUUCUCACUCAUUCUACUCUCUUCCCUAGUCUGGCUAUUCAUUCUCCUCUCCAAAAGCUAUGAACCUAGCUCACAAACCUAUGACUUGACCAUGUCUAAGGUGGUCAAGAAGCAAGAGUUCUGGUUCACUUUAGUUAUCACAAUUCUCAUCAUCAUUCCUUGGCUGAGUGUCAGAAAGGUACAAGUUUGUGUAUCAGCUCCAUCGAGCCACGCCUCAAUCAUCAGGUUUGAAGGGGGUGUCAAAGCAGGUUUACUAGGCAGAGUGAGUCCUUCACCCUUGUCAGAAUGGCAUGCCUUUGGGAUCAUAUCUGAUGGAAAGAAAGAGCACAUGAUGCUUGCUGGAGCAGUUGGUGACUUUACCAAGUCAUUGGUUAGUAAUCCACCAAAGCAUCUUUGGGUCCGAACCAUGCAUUUUGCAGGCUUGCCUUACCUAGUAAAUUUGUAUCAAAGGGUGUUGUUGGUUGCCACAGGUUCAGGGAUUUGUGUGUUCUUAUCAUUUCUUUUGCAGCCUAUUAAAGCUGAUAUAACAGAAUUGGUCAACAAAUACCCGAAAGAGAAAGUUAUGGUUCAUGACACAGCACUUUCUGGUCGUCCCAAUGUAGCUGAGAUGAGCGUGGAUGCUGCCGUUAGGUGGAAUGUUGAAGUUGUUAUUGUUACAAGCAACCCUGAAGGCAGUAGAGACGUCCUUAGGGCAUGCAAGAGGGCUAACAUCCCUGCCUUUGGCCCCAUUUGGGACUCUUGAAAGCCUCAAAAACAUGGUGAAAGGCAAGUAUUCAUUAGUUCUCUGUUUGACUUUAACAGGGUUUCAA